GGACUUUUCAAACUUGAGGGCAAAAAAAAAAAAAAACAUACAAAGAAGAAGAAAAGUCAAGGCAGUCUGUAGCAGGAAGGAAGAGCUAGCAGCAGCAGCAGCCAUGACUGUUUCACCUUCUCUUUCUGUUGCCAGAAAUGGCAGAGUCCUCAUUGUCGGUGCCACCGGUUUCAUCGGGAGGUUUGUAGCUGAAGCCAGCCUCGCCGCCGGCCGACCCACGUAUGUUCUCGUCCGGCCCGGCCCUCUUCAUCCUUCUAAGGCUGACACCGUCAAGUCCUUCAAACACAAAGGCGCCAUAAUCUUACACGGGCUGAUUUCUGAUAAAACCCUAAUGGAGAAGAUACUGAGAGAGCAUGAAAUCGAGACAGUAAUAUCAGCCGUCGGUGGUGCGACAAUAUUGGACCAGAUUGCCUUAGUCGAGGCCAUUGCAGCAGUUGGUACAGUUAAGAGGUUUUUGCCCUCCGAGUUUGGACAUGAUGUGGACAGGGCUGAUCCGGUUGAACCAGGGCUCACCAUGUACGAGGAGAAACGCAAGGUUAGACGUUGGGUCGAGAAAUCUGGGGUGGCCUACACAUACAUUUGCUGCAACUCCAUUGCCUCUUGGCCCUACUUUGACAACACACACCCUUCUGAGGUUCUCCCACCGUUGGAUCGGUUCCAAAUCUAUGGUGAUGGCACCGUCAAAGCCUAUUUUGUAGACGGUACGGAUAUUGGAAAAUUCACAAUAAAGACCGUGGACGACAUCCGAACAAUCAACAAAAAUAUUCAUUUCCGACCGCCGAGCAAUUUAUACGACAUCAAUGGGCUUGCAUCUCUGUGGGAGAAGAAAAUUGGCCGGACUCUCCCUAGAAUCACCAUCACUGAAAAUCACUUACUAGCCCUUGCUGCAGAGAAUCGUAUACCAGAAAGUAUAGUGGCAUCGUUCACGCAUGACAUCUUUAUCAAAGGAUGUCAGGUGAAUUUUGCAGUGGAGGGGCCUCGUGAUGUGGAAGUGGGAACUCUCUACCCCGGAGAUUCUUUCAGGACCUUGGAUGAGUGCUUCAAUGACUUUCUUCUCAAGUUGAAGGACAACCUAGAGCCAGUGCAUGAGGAGAACGUCUCCACCAAAAACGCCGUCGUCGAAUCCAGGGCUGUCACUCCCACUUGUGCUUGAUCAAUCUAUCAGAAUCAGGACUGUUGAUCAAAUUCAUGUUCUUGAUUUACUCCCACCACAAAAGAAAGUU